CACGGACGGUUUUUAAUGUGACACAACUGACGCCACCAUCAAAAUAAAAGCUCGCCCAGCGUAUAGCGAAAGAAGUCGUACUACAGCGUACUUCAGCUAUUAUAUCAGCACACAGGACAUUGAACUUCACCAUGUCUAAGUUCACCUCAGUGAUCUGGCCUAAAGUGAUUUUAUUUGGUGACUCCAUCACGCAGUAUUCAUUCCAAGUCAAUGGGUGGGGUGCAGAAAUUGCCAACAAACUUGCAAGAAAAUGUGAUGUUGUAAACAGAGGACUGUCUGGCUACAACUCCAGAUGGGCCAAGAUUAUUCUGCCUCGCUUCAUUAGUAGCCAAAACUCUGAAGACAAGAAGAUAGCAGCUGUGACCGUCUUCUUUGGAGCCAACGACUGUUCAUUGGAAGAUAAGAACCCACAGCAGCAUGUCCCUCUGCAGGAAUAUUCAGAGAACCUGAAGGAGAUCAGCAGGUUUCUGACUUCAGCCGGCGUCUCAGCAGACAGAGUUAUCUUCAUCACACCUCCUCCUGUUCAUGAGCCAGCCUGGGAGAAGGAGUGUAUCCUUAAAGGGUGUUCUCUCAAUCGCCACAACUCUGUCGCGGGGCAGUAUGCACAGGCGUGUGUCCAGGCAGCGGGUCAGUGCGGUUCAGACGUCCUGGACCUCUGGACACUCAUGCAGAAAGAUGGACAGGACUACACAGUCUACCUCUCUGAUGGGCUGCAUCUCUCAGAAAAAGGAAACCAGUUUGUAGCCGAACACCUCUGGGGGCUGCUGGAGAGCCGUCUGUCCGACCUGCCCUUCAUCCUGCCCUACUGGGGAGAUGUGGACCCUAAAAGCCCCGAGAGCAGCCUACUAUGUGAUCAGUGAAGAAGAGAACAUUUAAUUGGAUAUUAAUCCUUUAAGAUACGGCUAAAGCUGCAGAGAGCCGAACGCUGGACUGCUACUUUAAGCAGCGGGGAUGUUUUAUAUUAACAAAAAUGUCAAAUGCAUACCAUGUACCAGUGUCUAAAAUGAAUAAGGAUUUUUUAUUUUGAGAUGUGUCGGUAAUGCACUAGAACUUUACAAAAAAAUAAAAGCAAAAGUGUGAUUGA